UCUCUCUCCAAGUUCGAGUAGCGCGUAACAAAUAUCCUUGUCUCGCGCGUGUCGAAAUUAUGUUCCAGUUUCAACAGUUAGAGGGUGGAAGAGGAGAAAGAAAGUACGAUACAUCGCGUCGAAAUGACUCGACGAAUCCGAUAAAAACUCUCUCUCUCUCGUGCUUUAAAAGCGUCAAAAGAGAAAAUGAGAGAGAAAUGUUUUCACUCCCGCUUGUAGCUCCCUCCGUUUCUGCGUUUCGAUCCCAUCGCCUUACCUUUGGUUUCAAUUUAUUGUGAAAAGAAAAUGAUAAAUUAUUGAACCCUAAUUUCCACUUCUCUUUCUGUUGUUUUCUGUUUCUGUUUCUCGUCAUUUCUCUCUCGAAUUUCCCCGAUACAAUUUGGCUUCUUCAACUCGUUCUGUCUUUCCGGUCUAGAUUUGCUCAAAUUGUGUGGUUAGAAUACAGGUUUAGCUGGAAAUGGCAAAAGGUAGCAGUAGCAGAGGACGGCGCAGGAUUGCUUCCCGACAAUGCAGGCCAGCGCCAUACCAACUGCCAUCUUGUAAUCAGGAUGUUUUCGAGGAUUUGUACCUUAAGAAAUCCUCCAAAGUGUUGGAUAAGAAAGACUGGGAAGAUGUAACUUGUUCUGUGUGCAUGGAGUGCCCACAUAAUGCUGUUCUUCUACUUUGUUCCUCUUAUGACAAGGGUUGUCGUCCCUAUAUGUGUGCAACUAGCUUUCGUUAUUCUAAUUGCCUUGACCAGUACAGAAAGGCUUACACUAAAGUAAUCUCUUCCAGUGGCACUGCUGAUAACCCAAUUCUGCUAUCAGAUUCUGGUUGGCCUGUUGACAAGUGUGAAGUUACAAACCUUGCUUGCCCCCUUUGCAGGGGCCAGGUGAAAGGGUGGACUGUGGUGGAACCUGCACGAGAAUAUCUAAAUACCAAAAAGAGAAGCUGCAUGCAGGAUGACUGCUCAUUUGUUGGAACUUACAAGGAGCUAAGGAAGCACAUGAAGACAGCUCACCCCUCUGCACAGCCACGCAAAGUUGAUCCAAUUCUGGAGCAGAAAUGGAGUAGGCUUGAGAGGGAACGCGAACAUGAUGAUGUAAUUAGUACAAUACGGUCCACGAUGCCUGGGGCAAUGGUUUUUGGGGAUUAUGUAAUAGAGGGAAAUAAUUAUGGUUUUGAUACAGAUGAAGAAAUUGGGGGUUUUGAUGCAGAUGCUGCAGAGGGGAAUGGAGGUUUUGAUCGAAACUUGGUGAACGUCUUCCUUCUAUUGCAUGCAUUUGGGCCAUCAGGGAAUGGGCUCAAUAGACGUCUGAGGCAGUCUGAGAGAACGAACCACCAAACAAUGGAUGAGAGUGCUGCUGGUAUCCACCGCAUUUCUCCUGUUGGUGGUUUGAAUUACUCAGAUGAUAAUGACAAUGGUAGUGAUGAUGACAAUGGUGACGGUGGGUUAUCACUUGUAAGCCGCCUUCGCCGUCAUGGCAGAGUGCUUCUGGGACGUUCUGGUAGGAGGCGCAGGCAUAGAGAAGCCAGUGGGGGUUCGGAGAUGAACUGGAAUGGUACUGGGGGAUAAGCAUUCAGUAAGCAAGUAGUUUUAGGAAGGACGAAAUUUCUGGAUAAAAGAAACACAAAGUAAUUUACUUCAAAUUUCAUGUAUUUAGCUGGUAUUGAUAUUGCAUGGUAUCUGUGAUAGAUUGGUGGGGAAAAUUGAUGCGGAAAGAGUGGCUUUGAUUCCUUGUUAUAUAAUUAUCAUAGACGUAGUUUCAUGGUAGACUACGGACAUUCUUCUAUUUGGAAAUAACAUUUGUAAACAUGUAUGUAAACCUGUAUUUUCUUUAAUCUGAUGAAAUUUUAUUUUUCUUGGUCUA